AUGCAAGCUCUUGCAACGACUGCUAGCCGACGUCUUGCUCCAAUGGCCCUUCGACAAACUGGGGGAGCUGCCAUCUGCCGCCAUUUUUCGUCGGAACCUUUGUCUUUGGAAGACAUGCCCUAUUUGCACCAUGGAGAACGUCCACGAAAUCGCACAAACCCAAAGUUCAAGUCUCCUCGCAAGAAAGCGUCUAAACUCUUUGAGGAACUUAACAAGGAAGCCGUCGAAAAGUCGAAAGAGGCAAACCCGGCCAUUUGGAAAGAAGAUUUCGGCGUAGGGGACUCGAUUGAAAUUCAAAUGGUUUCCCAAGGAGGAGUUGAUGGUAGCUUGGUUUCUGGAGAAAAGACACAAGAGAUGGAGAAAGUUCGAGGUGUUGUACUGGGAAUAGUAAACCGUGGGUUGAGCUCUUCUGUCAUCUUACGAGAUGUUGUGUACGGCGAGCCCAUUGAGAGAAAGAUUCCCAUGCAUUCUCCCAUGAUCAAGGAUGUCACGGUAUUGGAACGCAACUUCAUCUUCAAGGGAAAGAAGAAGGUGAAGAGAUCAAAGCUAUACUAUUUCCGCGACUUGAAUCCUUUGUUAACCAAGGUAUCGAAAUACUAA